CCAUUGUGUACACACCACAUUUAUUAAGUGUCAAGGUCACUGUAAAUAGGCUGUAAAUAAUAAAGAAAAUAAUGGGUCACAAUAAACUCACUGAACUAAGUUUUUACUAUAUUAAUCGACACAGGAAAUAUUUAAAUAAUGCAAAAAAUUAAAUAAUGCGCGGAAGGCGUUAUGUGUGAACUAUAUGUUGUCAUCUUUGGACUUGUGUCUCCUAUUUAAACGCUGUUUUGUACAAAAACAUGUUGAACAUAAUCAGCUGUUCUCUUCGAAGUGGUGGCUGUAAAUCGGUUGCGUUUAAUUCGCAGCGGAACCUCUCAAUUUCAGCCCCGUACGGUGCAGUGAUCUCUGAAAAAAGACAGUUGACUCUUCGAUCGAACAAUACCAGUAUUCAAAGUGCAAUUGAAAAAACAGCAACUGAGAAAUCAUCAAGAUGGACAGCCUACAGUGUUCUAAAUUCAAGCAAAGCUUCAAGCGAGCGGCACAUUUUGGGUCGCGCCAAGUACCUCCAGAAAGAGUUGCCUGUUCGGAUAGCUCACCGUAUAGUGGCCAUGCAGGGCCUGCCAUACAAUGUUGUCAACAACCAGACCAUCUUCAAGGUGCUAGAGAUGUACAUCACUGCAUUUGAGAGACUAUACAAGUUUAAACCGAUCAAAACAAUAGAGGAUGAGCAAGUGUUCUCGGUCAUGCUGCGGGAUUUACUGGACCAAGGCCGAGAAGUUGUCUCCCUUCUAGCGGAGGGGUUCUCAGAGUGCAGGAAGUACAUACUGGCAGAGGACACUAUAUGCCAGUUUCUUGACCGAACGUUGACAUCGCGGCUGGCCAUCCGUAUACUCUGUGAGCACCAUGUGGCCUUGAGACAGGACAAGUUAAACCAUGUUGGCAUCUUCAAGUUGAAUUUUUCUCCUGCUAAAUUAAUCCGUGACAAGGGAGAACUAGUGAGGAAAAUCUGUGAUGACAAGUUUGGGAUGUCCCCACAGGUGGUGGUUGAGGGGCACAUAGACAGCGAGUUUGUAUAUGUAGCACCGCCCUUAGACUACAUACUGGUUGAGUUACUCAAGAAUGCGCUCAGAGCCACUGUAGAGUUCCAUAUGGAGAAAGGACAUGAUCAGCUUCCCCCUGUCAGGGUGACAGUGUCUGUCAACAACACUGACUUCAUCAUAAGGAUUUCUGACCAUGGCGGAGGCAUACCGCACAAAAUCUGCAAGCGUAUCUGGGAGUACAACUUCUCCACAGAGACCCCUCAGGACCGCCGGCCUCAGACAGUGUCCCUGUUUGGGGGUAUGAUGGACCCCAGGGGCAGUGGAGGACCCUCCUCUACGAAAAUGCACGGGUACGGGUUUGGGCUGCCGAUGUCACGGGCGUAUGCAGAGUUCCUGGGGGGAAGCCUCACAAUGGAGACCAUGCAGGGGCUGGGAACCGACGUCUACCUGAGACUCAAACGCAUCACUGAGGACGAUGAGAGUUUUCGCAUCUAGUGAUGGGGUAGUGGUGCUAGGCUGAAGUACGGGGGGUGCUUGGUUGGGUGCUUGGUUGUGUGCUUUGGUUGGAAGGAUCCAUAUGAGCAGAGAAUGGGAGUUGUUUUUAUUUCUGGGGAUUUUUUUAGUUUUGUCACAAUACAUUAUUUAAAUUUAAACUGUAGAAUGCUUCAAUGCAAGAUUUGUUUAAAGUUCUUCUUAGAUUGGACAUUUUUAUGUACUUGAUUAGUUUUGAAAUCGAAUUGUCAUCAAUUGACAAUUAACCUAAAUGGAUGAAACUUUAUUGACUGAAUUAAGCGUUAUUUGCUCAAUGUUAUUUGUUAAAGUAUAUGGCUGAUAUUCAAUAAACAUUACCAAUUGCAAUUGUUUCUAAUUCAGCAAAGUGUGACAAACACAUAUGCUCAUUUAGAAAAUGUUGUUUAAACACAAACUCGCACCUUUGCAGUUUUUUCAAUAAAUUCUUUAAUGAAGGUGCGCUUGAUGAAGUUGAAUGUAUGAUGUUUCUUAAAUGUGAUUAAACAAGCCAUAAGUGUAUCCAUUUCGUAUGUAUUGUAGAUACAAAAAUAACAAAAUUUUCCAUGAAUUAAAAAGACAACAGCAACAACAUAUAAAUUAUGAGUUAUAAUGUACAAAUCCAAAAAAUAACAAUAAAGACGACUAAAAGAUGCAUACCAUAUUCAUUCUUAUUAUAUCAAAAAGCAUUUAUGGUAACAAUAUAGUAUUGAUAACCACACUACACAUUUUGAGAAAAGUAGCACAUUUGUAUAUGUUAACCCUUUGCAUGCUGGGAAAUUUGUCGUCUGCUAAAAUGUUGUCUGCUGAAUUUCUAAAAUUAGCAUUUUCUUCGAUUUUUUUCAAAAAAUACUAUCAGAAUAGCAAACAGUUUAGAUCCUGAUGAGGCGUCUCAUCUGGAUCCAAACUGUUUGCAAAGGCCUUCAAAAUUCGGUUCCAGCGCUGAAAGGGUUAAGUUAUUGAUAGACAAAUACAACAUUUUAUCGCUUGUUUUGACUUAGCAUUGAAAUGAAAUUGUCAACAUUAUAGUAAAUUAAACACACUGAAAUUGUAUGAGUUGUAUGGUAGCUUUAUAAAAUAUACUAAUUUUUAAUUGCAUUAAAAAAGUAUGCGACUUUUCAUUUGUUAGUGUGUUGUAUUUGAAAGGGGUUGGGGUAUGACUCUUUGUCCUAACAGUUACUUGGCCUCAUUGAUAUAAUGCUUUACAUUAAGAACAAUUAUGUGGCGUAAUCUUGAUCAACCAUUUCUGUGUGAAUGUUGCAUGGCUGGGUGGAUGCUUUUUGAAACAAAUGUUACAUUCAUAAUAGGGAAAAGGUCAGAAAAUGUGUUUUAUUUAUGUAUCGUAAAGUUACUGCUUUGUUUUCAAUGUAUUUUAAAAGGUUUUUAAAGCAAUAAAUUGAUUACUUAUAUCUGUGAAAAUGAUAUGAUGGAUGUUGAAUUUUAUUAUACAUGUUAUGUGUUUUUAAAUUGAAUAAAAUAAAUCAUGAUAUGUUAAUUGUUGUUAAUGCAUAUUCUUUGGGAUCUUUUACAUGAGUCUUUAUAAUAUUGUGCUUUGUUAAGUUGUAGGAUGUUUUUGUUUUUUUUAAAUCUUUAUGCAUUAUAAAUCUCAGCUUGCAUUUGUUUUAAAUACUCCUUUUGUUUAACAUUCAAGUAAGGUCUUUGAUGAAGGUGUGUAUUAAAAAAUUAAAACACAUAUUUGUUGACUUGAAGAUAUUUUUUUUCAAUUCUACAGGGAUAUCUCAUGGAUUUAUUUGUGUUUAUUGCCUACUUUAUUGAAUAUGGUAAUUUCAAAUCUCAAUAAUUAGUUUUGAGAUUACUGUUGUAAAUUCAUUGUUUAAUUGUGUCUUGUUCUAAUAAAACUGGGCAUAAUACAUGUGCGUAGAGUGUCCUCCCAGGUUAGCCUGUGCAUUCCGCACAGGCUAAUCAGGGACAACACUUUCCGCCUAAACUUGAUUUUCGGUAAGGAGGGACUUACUUGAAACUAAAAAUACCAUUAAAGUGGAAAGUGUCGUCCCUGAUAAGCCAGUGCGGACUGCACAGGCUAAUCUGGGACGACACUUUACGCACAUGAAUUAAGCCCAGUUUUCUCAGAACAAGACACAAUUUUACAUGCUGCUUAUUAUAACCACAAGUCAAUAGUGAUGUAUAUUGCUUUGAAAGAAUAAAAAGCACAUUACUUUUGAUUUUAGAAAAAUUAAGCACUCUGUAUAUAAAAAAAGAGAACGAUUAAGCGGGCAUUACUUUUAGUACCACAGUAAGUGUAUUUGAAAAAAGUAAGAAAAAAGUGACUAAGACAUUAUUCCUUUAUUUAUGGUUGCAUUUUGAUAUUCCUUGGCUAUUUUGUUGUGUUCAUAAACAUCAUGCUUUACAUUGUAUAAUUAUAGGAUAGUUGUACAUCUCUGUGAGCUCAUACUGUAUAGAUGAUCAUACCCUGAUAUUAAUAUUUUCAGGAAACAAGUUACCAGUAUAAUAUAUGUUGUCAGAAUUUGGCAUUUGCUUGUUAUUGUGUUUCCAAACAAUGCUUAAUUAUCAGAUGAUAUUAAUAUUUUCACGAAAGGUAGCACACUUUGUUGGUGAACUCUGGCAUUUGCAAGUUAUGAUUUUCCCAAAUAAUUGUAUAUUGUCUGGCGAUGUCAUUGUUCAUAUAUGUAACAUGUUGAAGCUGGUUAACAUCAGUCUUUUCUGAACAGUCAAUGGGAAAAUUGUUAUCACUGAUAAUUAGCCUAUGACUUAAAGCCAAAGAUUUCCAUAGUUUUGCUCGUAUUUGAGUGUGCGUUGUUUCAAGAGAAGUCAAUAGAUUUGAACAAUAAUUAACCUUUUAGAUUAUUUUGUAACAUUUGUAUGUAUACCUUCAAAAUACAAUCGUAUAUAAAGGCAUUACAUGUAUAUCGUAUUAUUUUAUCUUAUUGAAUGGAAUGUAACUACAAUGUGUGCAUUUCAAAGAAUAAAAUUUGCAAAAACGG